AUGGUAGCUUGGACGUGUUUCAAGUUGCUCCUGGCCAUGGUCACCACUCUGGUGACCAUGGUUGCUGCCUCGGCUGAAUGCCAUGACAUCGAGACGGUCUUUCUUCAGGACCCCCACACUGGGGAGCAGUACCAGUUUGGUAAAGGCAAGUUAACCUCACUGUUUGGGUCUACCUUGAAAUCUCCCGUUGCUGAUCAACCUUCAGUGAAUAUUUUACCUCAAGCCUUGUUUGGUCGUGCUGUUCACGCGUCUGAACUGAUCACUGUUACUGUUACCCACACUACCUGCGGUCAUGAGGAACCGACCACAACUGUCACCACAGAUGUUCUUUGUACCUCUGAGAAUUCUACUACACCUCUCACCAUGGAGUCUACUACUCCAGUCCCGGCUCAGGUCACUACCCCUGUGCCUGGUGUUUCUCAGUCUAUCGUGCCUACUACUUCGUCGAUCCCGGUGCCCGUUACCACUCAGACUUCUGUGCCCAGCACUCCUGAGGUGACCACCCAGUCAUCUGUGCCUGCUGGCCCUCACAGUUCUGUUCCCGGAACUACUGAAGUGACCACCAAGUCUUCUGCGCCUGGUACAACCCAGACUCCUACGCCAAGCACCACUUUCGUGACUUCGCACUCUUCCGUGCCCGGAACCCCUCAGACUCCGGUACCCAAUACUACUGAGGUGUCCACUGGAGGUAGUUCUGUAACCAACAUUGAAUCCUCCACGGUUACUGCCACUGUCACCGAGUCGGUUUCUUCAUCUCGUCCCAAUGCUACCAGCGUGGCUCCUGUUCCUGCCACCACUGCCGAGGACCACACCACUUCCAUGGUUUCUGGUACUGUCACUGAAGUAACAACAAGUCCCGAUGCUACCAGCGUGGCUCCUGUUCCUGUCACUACUGCUGAGGAUCACACCACUUCUACAAUUCCUGGCACUGCUACCGAGAUCACCACCGAGAUUCCUGGAACUACUUCUGAAGUAACUACUGGGUCCAUUACAUCUUCUCGUCCUACCAAGGCGAUUCCUGUCCCUGGUACCACUGGAAUCACUUACACAAACUCAACUCUUCCACUGGCUCCUAGCACCGUGACUGAUGUGACCACCUAUUACACCACGUCUCCUUGCCUCAACUCAACUGAGCUGGCUCCUACUCCAGUGACCACUGAGAUCACCAUCACCAUUGAGGUUCCUUGCACCGAGACUACCAAGUGUCUCAGCACCAAGGUUCUCAUCACCAGCACCCUGCCGGUUUCGGAGACAACUGUUCCCGUUCCUGUCCCGGUUUCCACUGAAGAGAUCACUGUCACAGUUGAGGUCCCUUGCACUGAGACCACCAAAUGUAUCAGUACCAAGGUGUACACCCCCACCCCUGUAGAGACUACCACUAUCUCUGUGACUCCGAUCCCGGUUACAGUUCCUGCUCCACAGACCACCACCAAACUUGUGACCACUAUCCUACAGCCAACUGUUCCUGGUGUCCCCCCACAGGAGACCACCCAGGUUUUGACUACUGUGAUCCAGCCUACUACUCCUGUUCCUGUUCCGUACACCACCACCAAGAUUGUGACCACUGUCAUACAGCCAACUGUUCCUGGUGUCCCCCCACAGGAGACCACCCAGGUUUUGACUACUGUGGUCCAGCCUACUGCUCCUGUUCCUGUUCCGUACACCACCACCAAGAUUGUGACCACUGUCAUGCAUCCAACUGUUCCUGGUGUACCCCCACAGGAGACCACCCAGGUUUUGACUACUGUGGUCCAGCCAACUGAGCUGGUCCCACUUCCGCCCGCCACCACUGUUGAGGCUACCACUGUGGUCAAGGUUCCUGCUCCUCCUGCUCAGCAGGUUACCACUCUGGCUACGACUACUGUUCCCAAGCCCGUGGUUACUGAGGCCGAGGGUACCACAACCGAGUCCAAGGUUUCAGUUGUGCCUCCUCGACAGCCUACCCUCACCCAGGAGGAUACUGUCCCACCAUCUCCUCAUGGUACUUCUUCCAGUGGCACUCAUUCCCCUUCUCCUGUUUUCAACAGUGCCAAUGCCGCUGGAAUCAUGGACAGUCGUCUCUUUACCAUGAGCACUGUGGUUAUGCUCUCUCAUAUCUUUCAUUUGAUUAUGUGA